ACGUUCUCUUCUUUACGAUUUAAAUACAUAACCUCAAUUUUUUAAUUCUUUAAAAAUGUAACGUGCCCUACGUAAUUUCGUCAUUUUUAAACACUUCAGACACCCACAAUCAUGUUUUUCAAUAAAACCUCUUCCACAAACAUUAAACGCUUAAUCACUUUUCACAACUGUCUCUCAUAUAACAUAAAUCCUCCCCCAGAAAGUGGUCCACCACCUAGAAAUGCUCGUGUUGUUAUUGCCGGUGGUGGCGUCAUGGGAGCUUCAGUCGCCUAUCACAUCGCCAAACUGGGCUGGGCAAAGGACACGGUCCUACUGGACCAGAACAAAAUAGGAGGAGGUACCACCUGGAACUCCUCGGGGCUUCUGGGUAUCUUCAAACCGAGUUACUCGCAAGUGAAAUUGUCGCAGACCAGCAAGAAGCUGUACCAGGAGUUGGAGGCGAGAGGACUGUCGACGGGCUGGAAAGAGUGCGGAAGUUUGAAUUUGGCCAAAACUAAGGAUCGUAUGAUAGUUUUUCGUCGUAUGAUCGCGCAAUCGGUACUGUGGGAUAUUAAGUGCGAGCUGCUAACUCCGAUACAAUGCAAGGAGAAGUGUCCGCUCUUGAAUGUGGACGAUCUGGAAGGCGGAUUGUGGAUACCGGGAGAUGGGGUCGGCGAUCCUUAUCAGAUUUGUAAUGCGCUUACGGAGGAAGCGAGACGGAUGGGUGUAACUGUAAUUGAGCAUUGCGCACUGAGAAAAGUUAACCAGACGAAUGGGAAGGUGUGCGGUGUGGAAACGGAAUUGGGGCCUAUUGACUGUGAUUUUUUUGUUAAUUGUGCCGGGUUUUGGGCUAGGGGUGUAGGUCGCCUAUCCGAACCCUGUGUUAAGGUGCCCAUCCAUGCUUGUGAACAUUACUAUUUACAUACAAAACCAAUGUCCCAACUGCAGCAACUACAAACUAUGUUUCCAGUUGUCCGCGACUUAGACGGCCACAUCUAUUUUAGAGAAUAUAAGGGCAGACUGCUGGCCGGAGGAUUCGAACCUGUAGCAAAACCGGCGUUCGAGGAUGGAAAAAUUCCAGGUAGCGGCGAGGAGCGUGUCCUGCCCGAGGAUUGGGAUCACUUCAACGUACUGCUAGAGCAGCUACUGCAUCGAAUACCGAUGUUAAAUGAUACGGUAUUGGAUAAAUUGUGUAACGGUCCCGAAGCGUUUAGUCCCGAUUGCAAGUGGAUCAUUGGGCAGGCCCCUGAGAUUAUGAACUAUUACAUCGCUGCCGGUUUAAAAACGGUAGGGAUUGCCGCGGCGGGAGGGGUCGGACAGGCAACCGCCGAGAUGAUUGUGAAUGAAAACACGAGCUUUGAUAUGUACGAAUUAGACAUUUCACGAUUUUUAAGUGUGCAUAAUAAUAGGAAGUAUUUGCGAGACCGCGUUAAGGAGGUACCAGGUUUGCACUAUGCCUUACAGUAUCCAUUUUCAGAAUUUAAGACGAGCCGGAAUUUACGAAUGUCCCCCAUUUAUCCUAAGCUAAUGGAGGCAGGGGCCGUUUUCGGUCAGCUCAUGGGCUACGAACGUCCGUCGUGGUUCGACCGCAAUUACGUCCAAGAGCAAGUGUCCUCGGACUGGUCGGUUCCCUAUCGCAUAGCGUCGACCGAUACCUUCGGAAUACCGCCCUGGUUCGAUUACGUUGCGUCGGAGUAUGACGCGUGCCGCGAAGGCGCAGGAAUUAGCGAUUAUUCUUCGUUUGCUAAGCUAGACAUAUGGUCCAAGGGCAAUGAGGUUGUGAAAGCACUCGAAUACAUCUGUUCGAAUGGUGUCGAUAUUCCAAUUGGGGGGAUCAUUCACACGGGGAUGCAGAACAAGUACGGCGGCUACGAAAACGAUUGCUCGCUGGCGCGCCUCGCGGAAAACCACUACAUGAUGAUAGCGCCGACCAUUCAGCAAACUCGCUGCCAAGUCUGGCUGCGGCGACAUCUACCUCCUUCGGUCGAACUAUCCGACGUCACCUCCAUGUACACGGCCUUAGCCAUCAUGGGUCCGCUAACGAGAAGCCUUUUAUCUGAACUGACCGAUACCGACUUAAGCCCACGAAACUUUCCGUUCUUCACCAUUAAGUUGCUAGACGUGGGGCAUGUGAGCGGUAUCCGCACUAUGAAUCUCACACAUACAGGGGAGCUCGGUUACGUGCUCUACAUACCCAACGAGUUCGCCCUCCACGUUUACUCGCGAUUAAUGAAGGCCGGUGAGAAAUACGGAAUGAGGCACGUCGGCUAUUACGCGACCAGAGCGUUGCGAAUCGAGAAGUUCUACGCGUUUUGGGGACAAGAUCUUGAUACUCGAACGACACCUUUGGAGUGCGGGCGUACGUGGCGCGUUAAAUUUGAGAAAGACUUUAUAGGAAAGGAACCUCUAUUGAAGCAAAGAGAGGAGGGCGUUAAACGAAUGUACAUUCAGCUCAUAUUAGAUGACCACGAUCACGAACUCGAUCUAUGGCCUUGGGGUGGCGAGCCAAUAUACCGUAACAACAAGCAUGUCGGUAUAUGCACGACGACCGGAUAUGGAUUCACAUUUAAGAAACAGGUGUGCCUGGGUUUUGUUCAAAACAUUAUCGACGGUGUGCGACACAUAGUUACGACAGACUUUGUUCAGUCGGGUCAUUACGAAGUGGACAUAGCCGGCGUGCGGUACCCCGCGAAAGUAAACCUGCAUUCCCCCACUUUACCUACUAAAUAUCCGGACCAGGAGAGGGAGGCUUACCAGGCGACGAGAGAUAAAGGACGGAAUUCGGUUGUCGAGGCCGUUGUGUAGUGCUUUGUAAAUAUUGUACGUUUUUCCGUUCUGCUACAGAAUGUGCCUUGUUUUGUGUUACUUGUCAAUUAGAAGAAAUACAAAUUUCCUAGUCCAGAAAUA